CUGAUCAAAUCUGUUAUUUUUCUACUAAGAAAGCAAAAGCCGUGUCAUACGUGUCAAACGACAUACUAUUCCAACGUCGUCAGCACUGUUAUCGGAGCAUGUAGGCUCUCCUAUUCGAAUCACCACGGUAGAGAGUGGGCGUGAUUGUUCCGGGAAAACAGUUUUUCCUACAUGCAGUGAGUUUUGCUCCCGUUAAUUUAAUUGUGAGUUUGGCCAGUUGGUGUCAUUCUCCCCACCAGCAAACGACGAGUAAGUCCACUGCGGAUAAGUAGCUGCAAUUUGUGAAGAGUUACGGUGGUCGAUAUGGCAGCAAGCCAUGGUGCUGGACUAAUGUUAGACUCCCCCCAGAGGAACACUAUUUCUGUGGAUGUCCCAUCCUGCCUGGUCUACCAAGAGCUGUUGAAUAUAACGAUAGGUGGUAUUGUUAUUGUGCGGCCUCCUGUGUCUGCCACCAUCCCACCGAAUUACCCAGUGACCUUGAAGAUUCAAGCAGAGGGACAUGGCCGUCUGGUUUACCAGUGGUUCACCUUUAAAAAUGGAGAGAUCACUGAAGUUCCAAAUGGGACAGGGGCAAACCUGGUGGUUAGUAUUAAGAAGUCUGGACGCUACGUGUGCCGAGUAGGAGACAAGCACUUCAAAUGUGUAUUUAGCGACUGGAUCAAGGUUGACAUCCUGGACAGUCCUGCCACAGGGCUCCCCUUAAAUUGGGAUGGGACACCCCACAUUGUGGUCCACCCCGAAUCUCAAAAGGUCAAGCCGGGGAAGCAGGUGACCCUAAACUGUGCUGCCUUCGGUAUACCCCCUCCCAAUUACCAGUGGUACCGAAAUGGCUGCAUCCUAGAGGACCGGACCACUAAGGCGCUCCAGAUAGAGAAGGCAAAUGAUGAGCAUGCUGGUUCAUAUCUCUGUUGUGUCACAAAUGUAAAUGGGGAGUCCUGGACAGAAGCGGCUGAAAUAGUAAUUGUGCCUCUUGACCAACCACACGUCUUCCGUACGCCUGCAGCGACAGACAAAGUGGCUCUUCUGAUUGGGAACUUGAAUUACUCCCAUCAUCCCUCCCUCAUGGCUCCGACUAUGGAUGUCUAUGAGCUAGCUCAGCACCUUCGGCAGCUGGAGUUCAGGGUGGUGUCUCUGCUGGACCUCUCCAAGGAGGAAAUGAAUGCUGCCAUCGAGAAGUUCCUGCAGCUACUGGACAAGGGAGUGUAUGGCCUGUUCUACUAUGCUGGUCAUGGGUACGAACAGUCGGGCAGGAACUACAUGGUGCCCAUCGACGCGCCACGCCCCUACAACACGGGGAACUGUGUGUGUGUGCAGCGGGUGAUGAAGAAGAUGCAGGAACGCCACACGGCCCUCAACGUCAUCCUGCUGGACACCUGCCGCAAGUGGUAUGGAAUGGACAAGAGACAGAAUCUUAAUGUUUCCGAAAUAAUGCCAUUGGCACCACUGGGCAACACAGUAUACGGAUAUGCAACGUCUGAAGACGCCGAGGCAUAUGAGAUGCAGGACGCCAGAGGCAAGAGCACAGGAAUCUUCACCAAAUAUUUGAACAGGCACAUCUUGCAGCCGGAGAAAGUCACUCACGUUUUGGAGCAGGUCUCUGAAGAUCUGGGCAAAGACCCGCUGGUGGCGGGCAAGCAGGUGUGUGAGAUUAAGCACACGCUGAAGGAGCCGAGGGCACUCACGGACCCCGUCAGGACGGCCGGACACACCUGUGAGGUUCGCGUGAGGGACAGCUGCUGGAGGAGGGCCAAUGUUUUGCCCAAGCGGGAGCUUCUGGUUUUCCCCAGUGGUGUCAAGGUGGAGAUCAGUUUCUCAGCGUUGUUCUCAAACGUCCUGGUCGUCUUUGCCACUGUAAAGGACACUGGUCCCAAGGCCCAGGACUGUUCUGUCAGCCUGAAGAGCACGCCGAGACUUGAAGACAUUUUCUCUGGACCAGGUCGGUCAGAGGAGAUGGAUUCUCUUUUGAUGAGCCAGGCUGAUAAGGCUGACUCCAGCCUCCGGCUUUGCAGUCUUCAGAGACUUCAGACAUCCUUGGAGAUCAAGGUGAACUUGCACUACACUGACGUCGACAGCAGACGGAGACUCACGGAGAGCAGAUCGUUGGACGUGGGGAAGCCUUUGGCUGCGGCCUGUUCGCUGAACCCCGCAAAGCCCCCAGGGGCCUCCGGGGUCCAACAGGCCCCCCAGUCUUACGGCAACAGGCCUUGGCACCAGGAAGCAAGGCUUUCGCCGCGACCACACACACGCAAGGCGGAGAACCUGGUGGACAGCAGAACGUGGUUUCCGUCCGCCAGCGGCAACCAGCCAGAAGAGAAUGAUGAAAGUGACCUCUAGAAUUUUCUCUCUUAAUAUUCCUGUCUUUCCUGUGUUGUAAUAUUCAUGUGUUUGCUUGGUAACACUUUAUAGGGAAGAAAUCUUGAAAAGCUGUACAUGCCACUUGAGUCAAUGGUGCUUUAAUAAUGCUUUAUUAAUCAAGGACUUGAUGUCACAAUGAAGCCUUCAGUAAGGAAACAAAGGAAGUGCGUUUCCUUUCUCAAUGUUGUGAUUAAAUGGCAGAAGCUAGAUCUUAUAAGGUGUGAUUUAAAAGCAAUUGUUAUUUUGGUUUUGUAGGCUUGCUUAAGUACUGCUCAAAGUGGAAAAUUAGUUCUCAGUUUAAAUGUUAUUUAUUUCUUUUUAGAAGCAUUGAUCAACUGUACAAAUUGUAUUUUGUCUGACACAGUAAAACAAACCAACUUAUUUGUUCACUGUCACGACUGAAUGUUGUUUCUUGGCUCUGUAUUUGAGCUUUAAUAAAACAAAACAAAAGUCA